GACAUAUAUAAAAGUGACUGCAAUUGAAUUCUGAUUUUAUACUAUCUCAUAAUUUCCAGAUUCCUUUCACUCAAAACAGCAAACGAAAUCAAAACACGGAAUUUUCAGGCGACUGCGCUCACGCACGCAUGCAUAUGUAUACGUGUAUUUAUAUGUACAUGUAUACAUACAUACAUACGCACAUAUAUGCAUCCAAACGAACUGUUUUGAAUGAAUGUAUUUGCAUUUUCUGAAUUUAUAUCUUUCAUGCUUUCAGCGGAAACAUCCUCUCCUACCUCUGAUACAUCCACUCCUGCCCCUGAUACAUCCAUUCCUGGCCCUGAUACAUCCACUCCUGGCCCUGAUACAUCCACUCCUGCCCCUGGUACGUCUACCACUACCCCUAAUACAUCUACCCCUGCUCCUGUUACUUCCACUCCUGCCACUGAUACAUCCACUACUGCCCCUGAUACAUCGUCUCUCCCAUCCACAACCACUUCAGCAGCCCCGGCCUGCGACUACGCAGCCUUCACGGCCGACCAUUCCAUGCUGAAAUCCCCUGCGUGUACCAACACCAAGCCCCCACUGACCGAAGCGGAGAAGACAGAAAUCCUGAGCGUUCAUAACACUCUCAGGGCGAAGGUGGCCAGAGGCGACGAGACCGCGGGCGAUCCGGGACCUCAGCCCAAAGGCGCCAACAUCCGGGAGCUGAAAUGGAACGAUGAGUUGGCAGACGUGGCACAGGCCUGGAUGGGUCAGUGCACCUUCGCCCAUGACUGCCCGGCCUGCAGGAAGAUCUGCUCGAGGGACUAUGCCGUCGGGCAGAAUGUGUACACAUACUGGAUUAGCGUAGAAAAUGACGAAAGAAUCAAUUGGACGCAGGCGAUACAGUCUUGGUACGACGAGGUGGAUGACAUGCCCAACACCUUCGUCGAGAGCUUCAGCAGCGUACCCCCGUCCGGCAAGGUCAUCGGUCAUUACACGCAGCUCGUGUGGGGUGAGUCGUACGAAAUAGGCUGCGGCGCCGUGCACUUCACCGACGGCGGAAGAGGAAGAUUUACGCCUGCAACUACGGGGCGGCUGGGAACAUAUUGACUAGGCCAUUGUACGUGAUUGGGGAUCCGGCGUCCCAGUGCCCGGGCGCCGUGUCCGCUACGUACAGCGACCUUUGUGCUUAGGUCCAGGUUCUUGUGUGGUUGAUGGAUGAGGUCUUUGCAUAAGGAAGUCUUUAAUACAUGGGUACAUGACCCGUAUAUUGCUUAAAAUUUGAAAGGAACCGAAAAAAAAAAUUAUGGUUCAUUCACUGAAGUUCUGAAUCAUCUUGCUAUUACUUAAAUUACCCUUUGAAGUUGUGAGUAUAUUUGGUGUAUAUCAAAAUUAGUCAUUGAUUUGAGGUUUAAGUAAUUAAUAAACUCGUGGCAUCA